AUGGAGGGUCCUGCUCAGGCUGUCAUGACAGCUCAGCAGAUUCCUAAUGCCGCCGACCUUCCGCAACAACCAAACAACCCCGCUCCCUAUCCUGGUGGAGUAAAGCCCAAGAAGUAUCACUGGUAUGCCAUGGUCGGUGGCAACCAGGGUGUGGCCAACCAGAUGGGAGUCAUGGCGUUCAGCCAACUUCCUCUCAUUAUCCUCCUCAUCAUGAAGAACAACCCGAUAUCUUUCCUAACGGGUAUCAGCUACCAGAAGCUCAACUAUCUUCACCGCGCCGCGUCACGAGCCUGCCUGAUUUGCAGCUGGACGCACGCCAUUGCAUGGACCCCAAGGGUACUGGCAAAAGGCCACUUUGACCAUGCCUACAUUAUAUGGGGAUUAGUGGCCUUGUUCUCCUUCACGAUGCUGUGGACAACCAGCUUCCGUCUGGUGAGACGAGUUGCCUGGGAGUUCUUCAUCCUUGCCCACAUUGUCUUUUCAAUCUUGUUCCUUGUGGGAGCGAUCAUCCACUGGCAAAGGAAGAAACUUUGGGUCUGGCCGUCCGUGGCCCUCGGUCUGUGGGCUGUUGACCGCCUCAUUCGCUUGUGCCGACUAGUCAUCUCCAACUUUUGCACCGGUAGACGUCUAAAUGGCGACUCUGUGGCUUUGCGCGAGCAAAAUCUCGUCGAGCUGCUCGAUGGCAACGUUCUUCGUGUAACAAUUCGGCGACGCUCGUUCCGCUGGUCGGCUGGCCAGCAUGCGUUCUUGUCGUUCACAUCUGUCACCAGCAGUCCACACGAGUCCCAUCCCUUCUCGUUGGCAAACAUACCCAGCGGGUCAGACAACUCGGCCGUCUUCCUCAUACGUGUGCACUCCGGUGCAACCAAGCUUCUGCGUGACGUUCUCGUGCAGCCGCGUGAGACCAGCAUACCGAUCUUCAUCGAAGGCCCUUACGGGGCGCCUAAGGCCACUUCCUCCUCCAAGACCGCGGGCAAGGCCCUGCACAAGUUCUACGUUGACUACUCGGUCCCCGCCAACGACAACGUCUUCGACCCCGCCGCGUUCGAGAAGUUCCUCCACGACCGCAUCAAGGUUGACGGCAAGCCUGGCCAGCUCGGCGACGUCAUCCAGAUCUCGAAGGAGGGCAACAAGCUCGUCCUCUCGUCGCAGAUCCCCUUCUCGAAGCGUUACCUGAAGUACCUCACCAAGAAGCACCUCAAGAAGAACUCGUUCGAGAACUUCCUCCGUGUCGUCGCUACCUCCAAGGACACCUACUCGCUCCGCUACUUCAAGGUCGACCAGGACGAGGCCGAGGACGAGGAGUAA